AUGUCAGAUCAAAUGGAAGCUCAUCUUCACGAUGGGAGUACCCCUCAUAUGAACCCUCGUCUUGAGCCCCUUGCCGACGACUUUAUCACAGAGGCGAUGGACCUCGCUGACUUUGAUGCAGAAGCUGCCGACAGUCGGGAGGAGAGGGUAUUGGCUUUGAGGAGGACCAUGCAGGCUCGCUUCCUCGAUGGUCGAGAUGGGCGGUUUAUAGAUUAUACGGAGAUCGAUGAAGAUGACAAUUUGGACGCAUUCCUGAGCAGGGAACUCGAGAUGGAUAUCCAAGAGAAAUAUUUCGACGAGUCCGAAUGA